AUGCAUCUUAUGUACACUAUUGGUCCUGACGGCAAGCGCGUCUACACCUUGAAGAAGAUCCCGGACGAGGACAAUUCACAAUUACUGACACGCAGAAGCCACCCUGCCCGCUUCUCCCCCGAUGACAAGUACUCUCGUCACCGUGUGACCCUCAAGAAGCGCUACGGUCUCCUCAUGAACCAGACCCAGAAAUCCUCCUGUACGAAUUGA